AUGGUUGCUCUUAAUGAUGUUGUGGAUGAUUUUCUCCAAAAUCACGGAGUGGCUCUCCAACCACACUACCGUGGCUGCGACGAUGUUGAGAACCCAGAUAAUGAAAUGUACAUUCGGUAUAUGAAUGAAAAUCGUCCAUUCCCAAGGGCCUCCAUAAUUGAAAACUCGUUCUUUGAGAUUCAAGGACCCAACUUUGCUAAUCAGCUCGUAUAUUCCAUUACAAAGGGACCCUUACUCGUGGGCUUCAAAUUGAGGCAGCGACUUUAUUAUGCAGAAAAUGAUGAAAUAGUGGACCCAGGUUCCUCACCACUGAAAUAUGAAGUAGUAAACAUAGUAGUAUCCUCACUCAAUGGGUUCGGAGUGCGCAACAAUCUCCUAUACUUCGAGAUCCUCUUAAUCACCGUACAUGAUAUCACUGCAGCAUGGGGAUAUGAAUGGGGAUAUGAUAUAGCAAUGAAUGUCCCUUAG